UCUGCACUUUUCACCAACUUAUUCAGAGCCAACCAAUAGACUGGUAGGUAUGGCACUUGAAGGUUAGUUAGCCACCACUCAAAGGGCUAUUGAAUCUUAGGACUACACAUGUCUCGUGCAUAUAUCAGCAUCAGAAAGGCUUGGUCCAUAAUGAAGUAGACUGAGUGAAGCACUUAAGGAGAGGAGACAAUGGAGGAAGAUAGCAACGGGAGGGCACCGUUGCUGGACUUUGUCGACGACCGGUCAGGCGCAUCGGAGGAGCUGCUGCGCCGGGAGCCUGUGCCUUUGGACGUGCUGUCACGUCUGGCAUUGUGGGAGGCUGGCAACCUGUGGCGCAUCUCAUGGGCGUCCAUCCUCAUCACGCUCUUCAGCUUCACGCUCAGCCUCGUCACUCAGAUGUUUGUUGGCCACCUUGGCGAGCUCGAGCUCGCUGGUGCCUCCAUCACCAACAUUGGCAUCCAGGGCCUAGCGUACGGCAUCAUGCUUGGCAUGUCAAGCGCGGUGCAAACAGUGUGUGGCCAGGCUUACGGGGCAAGGAGGUACAGGGCCAUGGGCGUCGUUUGCCAGAGGGCACUGGUACUCCAGUUCGUGACAGCCGUCGCCAUCGCCUUCCUGUAUUGGUACUCUGGUCCAUUCCUGCGGCUCAUUGGGCAGACUGCAGACGUGGCUUCAGCAGGGCAGCUAUAUGCUCGUGGGCUGGUGCCGCAGCUGCUUGCGUUCGCGCUUUUCUGCCCAAUGCAGAGGUUCCUGCAGGCCCAGAACAUUGUCAACCCCGUGGCAUACAUGACGCUGGCUGUGCUCGUCUUCCACGUCCUCAUCUCGUGGCUUGCCGUGUUUGUGCUAAGCUUCGGCCUUCUCGGCGCAGCUCUGACGCUGAGCUUCUCUUGGUGGGUGCUCGUGGCAUUGACAUGGGGGUACAUCAUCUGGAGCCCGUCUUGUAAGGAGACAUGGACCGGGCUGUCCAGGCUCGCAUUCAGAGGCCUCUGGGGUUACGCCAAGCUCGCUUUUGCUUCAGCUGUCAUGCUGGCAUUGGAGAUCUGGUAUGUGCAAGGAUUCGUGCUUCUGACUGGCUUCCUCCCCAACCCAGAGAUCGCACUUGAUUCACUCUCUAUCUGCAUCAAUUACUGGAACUGGGACUUCCAAAUCAUGCUUGGCUUGAGCUACGCGGCCAGUAUCCGUGUUGGCAAUGAGCUUGGCGCUGGCCAUCCAAAGGUCGCAAGGUUGUCGGUCAUGGUGGUCGUCACAGCGAGCAUCGCCUUCAGCAUUCUUGCCACAGUUGUAGUCCUAGUCCUCAGGUAUCCAUUGAGCACACUCUACACAAGUAGCACCACAGUGAUCGAGGCUGUCAUCAGUCUUUCACCAUUGCUGGCCAUCAGCAUCUUCCUGAAUGGAAUUCAGCCAAUUCUCUCAGGGGUUGCUGUCGGGAGUGGGUGGCAAGUCAUAGUUGCCUAUGUCAACGUUGGGGCUUACUACCUGAUUGGGCUGCCAAUUGGAUGUGUCCUAGGGUUCAAAACAAGCCUAGGAGCAGCUGGGAUCUGGUGGGGCUUGAUCAUAGGUGUGGCUGUGCAAACGGCGAGUCUGAUUGUCAUCACAGCCAGGACUAACUGGGACAGCGAGGUGGAGAAGGCGACCCAGCGGCUGCGGCGCACCGCUGCAGCGGACGAGGGCGUCUCGGUCAUGGUCGACGAUGACAGAGGCGUCUAAUGACUGUUGCCGGGGAAAGCGCCUGGAGCUUGGUUCUGCCAUUAUCGUUAGGAGCUCCAGUGUUUUGAGUUCUUCCUUGCUCCUUGUUGGAGGAAGAAGGUGGCGAACUCAUUAGGGCAGGCUUUCGGUUUGUGCAAUAAGUUGAAUUCAGACAAUUUACUUGCAGUACUACCAGUUAACUUUUGUUUAGGGGGAGAUUGUAGUUAAUUAACCUUUGGUGCUGCACUAAACAUGGUUUGGUUUUUAAUAAAGCUCCAAAAUGUUUGAUUCCCUGGA